AUGACACUCUUCCUUCUAUCGGACAAUAUACGUAUGGCUGCAGUGGUCCUAACAAACAUAAUACGUGAUCAAAAUACCCUUAAGGUCAGAGAGUUUACCACACCCAUAGGUUAUCAGCAAAUAACUGAAGACAUGAUAUUAUCACGUAAUGAUACACGUCUAAAAUUGGUGCGAUUCAAGACGGAACAUUUACGUAGAGCUAUACCCAUGAAAGUGACCACAAAGCAUAAUUAUGGUCGCAGAUAUUGUUUCAUCGAUAUGUUGUUUGUGGGAUUGCGGAAUACAAAAGAUUUUGAUUCAGCUGAAGAGGCAGUAGAAAUCAAUGAGAUUUUAAGAAAACUGGAUACGGAUCUUAAAACUCCUUACGAGGUAUUGGCAGUGCCGCAUCGUAUAGUUUUUGCCGAAAUAUUUAUACGUUUUCGUCGUGAUUACACACCAAAUUUAAAUGACACUAACGAUCGAGAUUGGUCGGUGUCUUUUUAUAAGAUUUUGACGUUUGAUGUGCUAAAUUACGAUCCCAAAGGAAGGCAAUAA